AUGGCGUUGGGGGGCUCGCACCCAGCAGAGAUCGACGAGGAUCUGCACAGUCGGCAGCUCGCCGUCUAUGGCCGCGAGACCAUGCGGAGGCUCUUCGCGUCCAGCGUCCUCGUUUCGGGGAUGCAGGGUCUUGGUGUUGAAAUUGCGAAGAAUCUCAUUCUUGCUGGUGUGAAAUCUGUAACCUUGCACGACGAAGGAAAUGUGGAGUUAUGGGAUUUGUCCAGUAAUUUUGUCUUUUCAGAUAAUGAUGUUGGCAAGAACAGGGCAGUGGCUUCUGUUAGUAAGUUGCAGGAACUUAACAAUUCUGUGGUUGUACUAAGCUUAACAACUAAACUGACAAAAGAGCAACUUGCUAAUUUCCAGGCUGUUGUUUUCACUGAAAUUAGUCUUGAGAAAGCCAUUGAGUUCGAUGAUUACUGCCACAGUCAUAAUCCACCUAUUGCCUUUAUUAAAAGUGAAGUUAGGGGCCUUUUUGGUUCUCUGUUUUGUGAUUUUGGGCCCGAGUUCACUGUUUUUGAUGUUGAUGGAGAGGAUCCUCAUACUGGUAUAAUUGCAUCCAUAAGCAAUGACAACCCUGCUCUAGUUUCCUGUGUUGAUGACGAGAGGCUUGAGUUUCAAGAUGGAGAUCUGGUUGUAUUCUCUGAAGUUCAUGGUAUGAGAGAGUUGAAUGAUGGAAAGCCAAGAAAGAUAAAAAAUGCUAGACCGUAUUCAUUCACUCUUGAAGAAGACACCACAAAUUAUGGUAGAUAUGAAAAAGGUGGUAUUGUCACCCAGGUCAAACAGCCAAAGGUUUUGAACUUUAAACCACUGAGAGAAGCACUCAGUGAUCCAGGCGAUUUUCUUCUGAGUGAUUUUUCUAAGUUUGAUCGCCCACCACUACUGCAUUUAGCAUUCCAGGCUUUGGAUAAGUUUGUUUCCGAGAUAGGUCGCUUCCCUGUUGCUGGUUCAGAGGAUGAUGCACAAAAACUUGUAUCUAUAGCCAGUAAUAUUAAUGACAGCUUAGGAGCUGGAAAAUUGGAAGAUGUGAAUCCAAAACUUCUACAACAAUUUGCUUCUGGUGCUCGGGCAGUAUUGAACCCUAUGGCAGCUAUGUUCGGUGGAAUUGUAGGACAAGAGGUUGUAAAGGCAUGCUCUGGGAAAUUUCAUCCACUUUUUCAAUUUUUCUACUUUGACUCGCUGGAAUCACUUCCUACAGAACCACUGGAUCCUAAUGAUUUGAAACCAUUAAACAGUCGUUAUGAUGCACAGAUUUCAGUUUUUGGACGAAAGUUGCAGAAGAAGUUAGAAGAUGCUGAAGUUUUUGUUGUUGGAUCUGGUGCAUUGGGAUGUGAAUUUUUGAAAAACCUUGCUCUAAUGGGAGUUUCUUGUGGUGGAGGAAAACUAACAAUUACUGAUGAUGAUGUCAUAGAAAAGAGUAACCUAAGUAGACAGUUCCUCUUCCGUGAUUGGAAUAUUGGCCAGGCGAAGUCUACAGUUGCGUCUUCAGCUGCUGCUUCUAUAAAUCCUCGUCUGAAUAUCGAAGCUCUGCAAAAUCGUGUUGGCACUGAAACUGAAAAUGUGUUUCAUGACACCUUCUGGGAAAAUUUGAGUGUUGUGAUUAAUGCAUUAGACAAUGUGAAUGCAAGGCUGUAUGUUGAUCAGAGGUGCUUGUAUUUCCAGAAGCCACUUCUUGAAUCUGGAACUCUUGGAGCCAAAUGCAAUACCCAAAUGGUCAUUCCCCACCUAACAGAAAAUUAUGGUGCAUCAAGGGAUCCACCUGAGAAACAGGCACCAAUGUGUACUGUUCACUCCUUUCCUCACAACAUUGACCACUGCUUGACAUGGGCUCGGUCAGAGUUUGAGGGUUUGCUUGAGAAAACUCCAGCUGAAGUAAAUGCAUAUUUAUCUAAUCCAAGUGAAUAUACUAAUGCGAUGAGGAAUGCUGGUGAUGCUCAAGCGAGGGAUAACUUGGAGCGUGUUCUUGAGUGUUUGGACGAGGAUAAGUGUUUGACUUUUGAAGAUUGUAUUUUGUGGGCAAGGCUAAAGUUUGAAGAUUAUUUUGUUAACAGAGUAAAGCAAUUAAGUUAUACUUUUCCUGAAGAUGCUGCAACUAGUACUGGAGCUCCUUUCUGGUCUGCACCAAAACGAUUCCCUCGUCCACUGGAAUUCUCAUCCUCUGAUCUGGGUCAUCUGCAGUUAUUGAUGGCAGCUUCUAUAUUACGUGCAGAAACAUUUGGUAUACCAAUCCCUGAUUGGGGUAAGAAUCCUAAGAAGCUGGCUGAAGUUGUUGAUAAAGUGAUCGUACCUGACUUUGAGCCCAAGAAAGAUGCAAAAAUAGUGACAGAUGAGAAGGCAACCAGUCUCUCUUCUGCUUCUGUAGAUGAUGCAGCUGUGAUUAAUGAUCUAAUUGCCAAGUUAGAAGUGUGCCGAACAAAGCUGCAACCGGAUUUCAGGAUGAAACCUGUUCAAUUUGAGAAGGAUGAUGAUACAAACUAUCAUAUGGACCUGAUAGCUGGGCUUGCCAACAUGAGGGCACGGAACUACAGCAUCCCUGAAGUUGACAAGCUCAAGGCCAAGUUUAUUGCUGGGCGGAUCAUUCCUGCAAUUGCAACUUCGACUGCUAUGGCCACCGGGCUUGUCUGCCUGGAGCUGUACAAAGCUUUGGAUGGAGGGCACAAAGUGGAGGACUACCGAAACACGUUUGCCAACUUAGCACUGCCUCUCUUUUCCAUGGCAGAGCCAGUUCCACCAAAGGUCAUCAAGCAUCAAGAUAUGAGUUGGACAGUUUGGGACAGAUGGAUUCUAAAAGACAAUCCUACUCUAAGGGAGCUUCUUGAGUGGCUGAAGGCAAAAGGUCUGAAUGCUUAUAGUAUUUCAUGUGGAAGUUGUCUGCUGUAUAACAGCAUGUUCCCUAAGCAUAAAGAACGAAUGGACAGAAAGAUAGUGGAUCUAGCUAGGGAUGUGGCCAAGGUGGACAUACCGGCGUACAGGCGUCACUUGGAUGUUGUGGUUGCCUGCGAGGAUGACGAGGACAAUGACAUUGACAUCCCCCAAAUAUCCAUCUAUUUCCGUUAG